GCGUGUCGGUCCGCGGGGGUCAGGAAGCGGAGUGCCGGGGACUUGGGUGAAGCUCGGCGGCCCCGGCGCCACAGGGUUGCUGGCUGCGGGCCGCACCGUGCUCCGGGUGGUGGGUCGGGACGCAGUGUGAGAGGCUCAUGGCGCCCCGGGCCGUGCGCGGAGCACUUCUGGUCUGGGCCCUGGCGCUGUGCUGCCUGAGCGGCGCGGGCCGGCCUUGGAGUGGCAGCCACGAGUGGAAAAAACUAAUUUUGACCCAACUCUGGCCACCAACAAUAUGCAAGGAAGUUAAUGACUGUGAAAAGUCUCUGGAUUACUGGACAAUACAUGGACUGUGGCCUGACAAAGUGGAAGACUGUAAUUCAUCAUGGCACUUUCAUUUAGAUGAAAUUAAGGAUCUUUUCCAGGACAUGAAUCAGUACUGGCCUGAUAUAAAGCACCCACUGAAUGGCAGCAGGUUCUGGAAGCAUGAGUGGGAAAAGCAUGGCACUUGUGCUGCCCAGUUGGCUGCCCUCAACUCUGAGAGGAAGUACUUUGGGAAGAGCCUGGGGCUGUACAAGCAGGUGGACCUCACCAGAGCGCUCCAAAAAUUUAAAAUUGAACCGUCUAUCAAUUACUAUAAUAUUUCAGAGUUUAAAGAUGCCCUUACCAGCUUCUACGGAGUUGUACCUAAGAUCCAGUGCCUCCCAUUCACACAGGGUGAGAAAGUACAAGUAAUUAGUCAGAUAGAGUUGUGCUUCACUAAGGAGGACCUCCAUUUGCGAAACUGCACGGAGGAGCCUGGGGAACUGCUGUCACCAAAGCAGGAAGCGUGGUUGUCCAAGGUCGCUGCUAAGCAGUCAAUGAUGGUCUGUGAAGAUGGCCCGGUCUUCUACCCACCACCUAAAAGGACCAAAAAUUGAUGUCUGAAGUUUGGAAAUAGUCUGUGUUCUACAAAUUAAGACGAAUUCAAAUCAACUGCUUUUUAAAAACUGAAUCUAAAGCCUUUUAAAAA